AUGACAUCCCUCCUCCCCCGCGAAGACGCCCCGGGCACGACAACCCAACCGGCAGCGCCCACCGCCUCCUCAACCGCCACCAGCGGCAUGACCCUCCCGCUCCUCCUCGCAAUAGCAAUAGGCGGCGGCGUCCUCCUCUUCAUCUGCCUCGCCUUCCUCCUCAUCGCCCUCGCAGGCCGCCGCCACCGCGCCGCCGCCGCCGCCCGCUCAGACAACAGCAACAGCAACCCCAACUCGGCCUCGUGCUCGCCGCGUACAGACGCAGAAUGCGGCGCCUCAGAAGCCGGGGACCGGUCCCCGCGCACGCCAAGCCCGCGCCCGCGCCGCCUCACGAAAGCGAAGCCGGGAAGCCGCGACGGCAGAAGCCGGUCGUAUAUGGACAUGGCCGAGAUCCAGCACCAGCGGCGGCAGCACCAGCACCGGUCCCUGGCGUCCAUCAUCGGCCUCCCGCGGAGCAAGACGUUCAGCGUGUUCGGGACGACGUCGGAUGCAGAGGGCGGGCAGCAGCGCGGCGGGCAUCUGCGGAGGAAUAACAGCUGGAUCGACGAGGACGCCAUCCACGGGCCGAGGGUGCAGAAGGACGACCGCCGGCUGAGUAUUCGGGACAGCUUCAUCUUGCGGACGCCCACGCUGCCGGACUUUUCGACGUUUAAGGAGGAGGAGGCGUUUGCGAGCGAGCUGGGCGGCGACGGCGGCGGCGGUGGCCAGUACGCGAUCACGCAGCCGCGGCCAGUGAGUCUGCCCGCGCCAAGGGGCAACCCGCCUCGGAUCCCGCUGCCGAGGACGGCCUCGUACGAGCUCGCAGAGAGAUUGGCUGCCGCCGCGAGGGGCGGUCCCCCUGUGCCGGCUCCGUCUCCUCAGGGCCCGCGGCCGGCGCCACUCCCAAGGCUGCGCCAUAAGACGACCGAGUCUGAUUUGGCGGAGAUCCUGCGGUCGACGGAGGAGAGGUUGAUGAAUGGAACGCCGAGCAACAGUCGGCCUGCGACGCGGCAGAGGGCGAAUUCGGCGUCGGCGGGGUCGAGCGUCAGGACGCCGAGGGGGUCGCCCACGAAAGGGGGAUCGCCCACAAAGUCGGGGUCACCAGUGAAGAUGCUGGGGUCGACAACGGGAUCGCCUGUCAGGAUGGUUCCGCGGUCGGUAUCGGGGUCUCCUGUGAGGAUGGCAUCGGGUUCGCCUGUCAGGAUGGCGCCGCGGUCAGUAUCGGGGUCGCCGAUAAGGAUGGUGCCGCAUUCGCCGACGAAGCCGUCUUCGCCGAUCAAGUUUGAGUCGUCGCCGGAGAGGAGCGUUGUAAUCCAUCACGUCGGACAGGCGUUGGAUGCGAGCGCGCAGCAGCAACUUCAGCAUCAAUUGCAACAACAGCAAAUCCAGCAACAGCAAUUCCGGCAGAGUUUGCAUCAACAACAAAUGCAGCAACAGCUACAACUGCAGCAACUGCAACGCCAACAGCAGAGGACGCGCACCCCGAGUCCGCACAAGAGGAUGGUUGCGCCGGUGUUGGUACAGACACCGGUCCACAACCACCGCCGCAACACCUCGCAGUCGUCAGCAGUCUCGGACGCAGAUAGCUUGUUCGGAGAGACGACGCCAGAGGUUGAGCACGUAUUGCCCACGGGGCUGUCAAGUCCCAGUCGACGGUCCGAUCACGAGUCUCCCGGUAACAAAGGGGAAAAGGCGGAGGAUCGGUGCAUGUCGAUGGCCUCACUCGGGAGCAAUGCGUCCUCGUCGCUGUCGACGCUGUACAGCGUCAACGAGCCGGAGGACGACAGCAAGACGGGCGGCCAGGGCGGCGGCAUAAUACGGGGCCGGAAGCCGAAGGGGCUGACGAUUGACACGGCCAUCUGUGAUCCGUUCAUCUCGCCACCCAUUGUGCCGCCGAGGAGCCCGAAGCGGCAGUCCUCGAGCCUGCCUCCCCUCCGCCGCAUGUCGCCACCGGAAGACAAGGUGCUGAUCGAGCCCCCUUUCAAUUCCAGAUCGGCGAGCAACUCGCCUGUACCCAGACCGUUGGAUGUUGUGAAGCGGAAUAGCGUGGUGGAUAGAGACGGCGGCCGGCUAUCGAUGAUGUUGCCCUCGGACGACUUCGCCCCGUCGCCGGAGACGAUCCGCCCCAAGAGCGUCGCGUCGAUGAAGCCCGUCUUCCUGGUCUCCAGCACGAGCGUGGCCAGCAUGAAGGCUAGCCCCGGAACCUCUCCUGAAGAUAACAAUCGCCGCCCCGAGAUGCCGAAUAAGAGGGCCACCUUUGGCCAGAAGCCCGUCUUUCCGCCGCCUCUCAACCUGCGACCGGGUCAUGGAUCGCCUAAUCGCGACGCGCUGGCGAUGGGCAGCGCUGGGGGCGGCUUCACAAUUGCCGGUACAUCCCCUACCCUUCGCUCGACAGCGAGAGACUCCCUUGACAGUCGCGGCUCGCACUCACCCACGCGCCGACCUCUCCCCAGCCCAGAACUCCCCAGCGAGGCGAGACACGGCUCACCCACGCCAGGACGGUAUAAGCGCCGCGGCAUGGCCAGCAGCCCCAUCCGAGAGCGCAUGCAGUCACGCCAACCAGCAAACCCAAGGGACAACCGUACCGACAAGGUCAUCCCGAGCACCUCGUGCCCGUCCAUUGUGCUCAAUAGCAACUCCUCCUCGGCGAACAGCUCGCCGAAGCGCGGCUCCUUCCAACACCGGGACUUCGCCGUGAUGGGGCUGCAGUCGACGGUAGCACAACUGCGGCGCAUGAACAGCCAGAUGAGCACCCUCAGCGCGGGCUCCUCCGUCUCGGAUCCAGACAGCCCGACGCUGCCCAACUUCCGCGGGGGCGGCUUCAGCCCGGAUCGCAGCAACAGCCGCAUCAGCAAGAUUGGGCGGCAGAACUACCUGUCGCUGGGCCUGAGCCAGAGCCAGAAGGCCAAGCGGAACCCGCGCGGGGCGUCGAUCAAGGGCGCGAGGAACUCCAUCGCCGUGAUUAGGAGCCGGCCUGGCGGUAGUGGGAGGUUGGAUGAGCUGAAGGCGGCGGUGGAGGAGAAGGAGAAUGAGAACGACGAGGAGGAGGAUGCGGCGCGGCCGAAUAGUAUCAUCAGGGGGCCCAGACCGCUUAACCCGACACCGAGGAGCGCGGUAAGGGGAGCAGCGCGGGCGAGUACGGGAACGUUGGAGAGUCCCACGAGGAGGGCCUGGAUUGACGCAGAGGAGAAGGUUGACAAGGGAAAGCAGAAGAAUGAAGAGGACAGCGGAGGAUCGAGGCUGAAGGUGAUGGAGGUGUCUCCGAGGAAGAUAUCCGACGGAUUGGCCGGGCCCAGCAGGAGCGGCUCUAACUUGAGGAUUUGA